UCAAGAGGUGCAGAAGAAGCCAACAACCUGACAGUGAGGGAGGCAGUGCAGGAGAUGGGGAUAAAGUGAAGGAACUAGAAGGAAAAAGAAGAAGAAGAAGAGAAAUGUUCACCCAUGGAAUGGAUGUGAACUAGGACACCACAGCUGUCAGGGGAGGAGAACAAGAAAGAUCAGCAACGAGUGUGUGUAACUUUAAGUGCCAAGGGAAAAUUGGGUCAGUGAGUGAGCAGAGAGAGAGGCAUGUAUUAGAGGAGAGAGAGGCACACAGGGAGAGGGGUAGACAGAGAGAGAGAAAUCCUCAGCAGCCCUUGAACUAACAAGUGGUCACUUGAGUAAUCAGGGGUGAUUCAGAGAGAAAUACAAGUCCCUGAAAAUGGCGACUCCCCCCAGAGAACCCCCUGAGGACGCCAGGAAACAGAGCUUCUGGAUGCCAGGGAACUAUAAACGCACCGUGCACCGCACUGACCAGUCCUACCAGGCCUGCAAUGACAUUAUGGCCUGCUUCCUGGAGAGGGCCAAGGUGGAGAAACAGUACGCCCAGCAGCUCAGCCAGUGGAGCAGCAAGUGGAAGUCCAUCGUGGAUUCCAGGCCGCUCUAUGGCUCCCUCAUGAGGGCGUGGCAGUGCUUCUUCACCUCCACCGAGCGUCUGUCCGCCCUCCACUCCUCUAUCUCCCAGUCCCUCAUCUCAGAGGAGGGCGAGAGGGUGCGGGCCUGGCAGAAGGAGACCUUCCCAAAGAAAAUGUUCUGUGGCUUUAGGGAGAGCUACGACAACGACACGAGCUUUUCACGUGUUCAGAAACCCUGGACCAAGAAGCUGAAGAAGCUGGACUCAGUCCGGCUUUCGUACCACAAGGCCUGUCAGAAGGAGCAGACCGUCAUCGACAAAGAGAAACAAGCCAAUGAAAGUGAGACGACUCCAGAGAAACAGCAGAAGCUGACGGCGGCCCGAGAGAAGGCCACAGAGGAGAAGGAGAAAGUCAGGGAGCGCUAUGAGAAAGUGCUGGAAGAAGUGACCUCCUGCACCCCUCGCUACAUGGAGGAAAUGGAGGCAAUUUUUGACCAAUCGCAGGAGGAGGAGAGGAAGAGGAUCAGCUUUCUGAAGCAGGCCUUCCUUUCAAUCCACAGACAUCUUGACAUCACCAACAACGAGAGUGUGAAGGCAGUGUACAGCGAGCUGCACCACACUCUCAUGUCCAUCAGUGAGCAGGACGACCUAAGAUGGUGGAAGAACAACCGCGGCCCUGGCAUGCCCACAGACUGGCCCAAAAUUGAGGAAUGGGUCCCACCAGUGAAAAAGCCAAAGAGAAAGAAAAAGGACCGGAAAGGGCAAGAAAGCCGACCUGUGAUGAUUGGAGGUGUGAAGGUGCGAGCUCUGUACGACUACGUGGGAGAGGAGGGCGAUGAGCUGUCCUUUAAAGCAGGUGAGGUGUUCCUGAAAGUGGAGGAGGAGGACGAUCAGGGAUGGUGCCGAGGGAUACUGAGCGGCGGGAAGGAGGGCUUCUACCCGGCCAAUUACGUUGAAGUUGUGGAGUGACAUCACACCGUCCUAACAUUUUGUCCUACAUGUAUUUCUCACAAGGUGUUCGGAGUUCAAAUCUUCCAAAGAAUAAUAAUAAUAACAAUAAUAAUAAUAACAUCAAUUAAUAUGUCCUCUCACUGCCAAGAUGUUGUCACACUGAUUGUGAACAAGCAUUUUUACUAAGUGCAUUAAAUUCUCACCAGUAUGGUUUGAGGACUUCUGAAAUAUGGAUUAACGUAUAUGUGCCAUGUACUUUUUGUGCAGGGGCUAUGUGUGUAUGUACAAUAUGUGUGUGUG